UGUUGCUAAUGUCCACUCGCGUUGUGCUGUUCGUUUUGCCCACGAUUGACUUGAGCUUUAGCAGUCUUACAUUUCACCGACUCUAGUACGUGUCUAUCUAAAUACAUACUUACACAGGCAAGCCAUUUGAAAAAAUUAUUGGGCACUAGUGUGAAAGCAAUUGAAUUUAGUUAAGUUUUGGAUUGUACUCUUUCUUCUACGCAGUAUUAUAAAUUUAGACAAUUUUACACAACCAAUAAAAUAAUAACGAAAGUAUUUCACGUGUUUUUUGCAACAAUAUAAAAAAUAUCAAACUAUAUAACAAAUAUAGUAUUAACAAUACAGAAGUGGAAACAUUUUCAUCAAACUGAGUGACCAGACUAUUUAUAGUAACAAUUGUGACGUUCAAGCAGUGACAGCAUACAUACAUAUGUAUUUAUUUACAUCGCAAUACGCCCGGAAAGUAAAAAGGUCAUUUUAAUUUAAACGCGCAAAUAAAAAAUAAUAUUGCGACACAAGCACAACUACUGUUUAAUUACCGCAUGAGCAUUGAGAAAUCACCGGAGCUACUACAAUUGCUUUUUAUAAUUGAAUCUCUACAGUCGAAACUAAAUAAAAUCAACAACUGUCGCUUUAAAAUAUAACAAAUUGUUUGGCGCACAUGCUGUUCAAUUAGCUGCCUCACUGCUUCCGCGGCAACUACACAUAAGAGAGGAGAGAGAGAGCUGCACAAAGUUCAAAACUGAAGACGUCAGCGGGUUCGCAAAUUUCGUACGUCGCAUCAUUAUCAUCCUUACUAUCUUCACACGUACUAUUCAUCACAGCUGCUAUAUUGUUGUUGUUCCUUUAAACAAUUUUAUUUUGAACGUUUUGCUGCUAUGGCCACUUCAUCAGUGCUCGCUAACAAUCCAAUUUCGACACUAGCAUCAGCGGUUGCUGUGAAUUCCUCGUCAUCGUCAACAACAACUACCUCACCUACUUUAAUUUCAACACGUAAACGCACCUACGAUACUGCUAUCUCAAUGCCCGCUGUCGCAACAAAAUCUCGAGGAGCAACUGCUGCUGUGGCUAAAGCAUCACUUGCUAACAAAAUGAAUGCGAAUGGUAAUGAUGUUGCGCUCAAUGAUAUACUUGUGGAUGGUGUCAGUACAGCAACUGCUGCAACAACGAACAAAGAUUAUACACGCACAGUUUCACAAUGUGAACCGGAUGAGGAAGCGUCCGGCUCAUCGUCUGCAUACUAUGAUAGUCCUGUUAAGAAGGAGUACUUACCGGUGCCACAGCCGUUGCCUACGAUCAGUAGUGGUUCAUCAGAUUUUGCGACAAUUUGUAAGCCAGCACCAUUGUCCACCGACGAAGAGGCUGUUGUGGAGCGGGAGAAAUGUGACUACAAUUAUAAAAUCACCUAUCAAAUGGCGCGGUCUGGCCAAACGAAACGACGCGUACGUGUCUACGCCGAUGGCAUUUAUGACCUUUUCCAUCAAGGUCAUGCCAGACAGCUAAUGCAGGCGAAGAACAUUUUCCCAAAUGUUUACUUAAUUGUGGGUGUGUGCAAUGAUGAGCUAACACACCGCAUGAAGGGGCGCACUGUUAUGAAUGAUCAAGAGCGAUACGAGGCGUUACGUCACUGCCGCUAUGUGGAUGAGAUUGUUCCGGAUGCCCCUUGGACUCUAUGUGAUGAUUUUAUUGCAUCGAACAAAAUUGAUUUUGUUGCGCACGAUGACAUUCCAUACACUGGCGCAGGCGUGGAAGAUAUAUACGCGCCAUUGAAGGCCAAAGGCAUGUUUGUUGCCACCGAACGCACAGAAGGCGUAUCUACUUCAGAUAUUGUCGCACGUAUUGUCAAAGACUAUGACUUAUAUGUACGCCGGAAUUUGGCGCGUGGUUACUCGGCUAAAGAUUUAAAUGUCUCAUUCCUUUCGGAGAAGAAGUUUCGAUUCCAAAAUAAAAUGGAUGAGUUAAAGAAUCGCGGACGACGCGAACUGAACAAAGUGAAGGAUGAUAUCAUCACAAAAUGGGAGGAGGCAUCUCGUGACUUUAUCGAUGCAUUCCUUCUACUUUUCGGACGCGAACGUCUAAAUCAUUUGUGGAACGAAUCUAAGGGCAAAUUAAUCCAGGCGCUCAGUCCUCCCGGUAGUCCAAGUGGUUCGAUGAAUGGUGACGAUGAUGAAGACGAUUUUGAUUAUGAUGAUGAUGAUGAUACCGACUUCGCAACUGUACGCAUGCCGGCUCCUGCUGCGAGGAGUCGAGUCACAGAUAGUCCUACAUCACGUGGUAAAACCGAUCGUGGAGCCGAUUCUGCCAAGGCCACCAAGGUGACAACACAAGUGAACGACAAUGACGACGAGGAUGAUGAUGGCGAAUAUGAGCAUAGAAGUAAUUAGAGUAAUACGAUACCCAAAUAUUUCGUAGGUAAUAUUAUUAUUGUAACGCAAAAAAUGCGAAAUGAAAAGCAAAUUAUAAUUACAUUAAAGAAUAACAAAUACAAUUAUUUGCAUACAUGCAAAUGUCUUUGGAAAAUAUGAAAUAUUUCGUCAAUGAAUAACAAAGUAAAAUAAGUCAUAGGUGGAAAAAUGAAGUUAAAACCCAAAAGUAGCCUAUUAUGUUCAAACGAAGUUACUAAAUAAUCUCUACACAUUUAAUAAAUAUUUAGGACCACAGACCUCAUUUGCGAUGCAAUUUGAUUAAUUAGAUAAAGUGAGAGAGAGAGAGAAAGUGUGAGCGCGUGUAAAAAAUGUAUUUUAAAGUUUUUGAGCCGUUAAGUAGCAUUAUAUUCAAAGUUAUUUGUAUAUACACUUUAUGAAUCUAUCCUCCGAAUAAAUCUCAAUAGAGAAGACUCUAAAA